AUGGAUUCUGAUAGUCAACAAGAAGUUGCGACGCCAACAAAUUAUUCAAGUAAACGUGAAAAGAAACCUAAGAAAAAAUUUAAAGCUGAAAAAUCGUCAACUGCGGCUGUCUUAGGUGUUGAUAUAGAAAAAACUAAAAAAAUUAAGGGUAAAUCCGAAAAGAAAAUUUUUAAUUUAACAAACUCGGCUGGCGAGUUUUCUAAUAGUAACAGGCCUAGUAAACUACCUGAAAAAUUUGAAGAAAAGAAAAGAAAGUGGAGUGAAGAAGAGGAUUUAGAAGAAUUACUGUCUCCUAUAGUUGUAAUAGAGAGUUUUAAAAAGAAAAAAGGUGAUAUUUUUAAUAAAUCAACUUUUAAUGGUGAUAUCAAGAAAAAAACCAAUGGAUUGCGUAAUGAAAUAGAUGAAUUCAACGUAAAUGGACCUUUG